AUGGUGGAAAGGGCCUUGGGACCUUGUCGCAGCCCCCAUGGGGCUCGGGCCCCCUCCAUGCACAAAGGCGCACCAGGGCCUCGGGGGGGGGUCCCCGGGGCCCGGGGUUGGGCCGUCCCGGGCGCCCCCCCGUGGGCGAGUGCCGUGCGGGGCGGGGGACGGCCCUCCGCCACCACCUGGGAGCCGUUCGAGUCCAGCUUUGGAUUUGGGGGCCUCAGGUCCUGCAAACCGGGCCCCCGGGGCACACCUUGUCCCCGCUCGGCCCGGGGGCCGUCGGCCCCGCCCCCGACCAGGGAAAAAAGCCCAGAGGCCUUUUAA